AUCAGGCAAACUAUACCUCAGAGAAUACAGUGAUGGUUGGAAAUGGCAUCUGGUAUUGUCCUUCUGCCACUGUCUUAAAAGGGAUUCUAAAGGGAUUUUCUUUGCCUUGUUCCUCCAGCCCUACACUGGCAUUGCUGGCCUAAGUGGAUACUCACCAGCUGGCCGUGUCCAUCAUUACAGCCAAGUCUGAGAAUUCCUGAUUAUACUUAGAGCCUGUGGAGCUGCUGACACAAACGGUCAUUAGCAGAUGACCCUUUUGUAACAAACUAUGCUUUAAAAUGUAAACUGUGGGGCAUUCUCCUUGCAUUGUCCAGAAGAAACUUUCUCCUGCCUGAGCCUGGAUUAAUCAUGAGAGAGCUCGUCAACAUUCCACUGGUACAUAUUCUUACCCUGGUUGCCUUCAGCGGGACUGAGAAACUUCCAAAAGCUCCUGUCAUCACCACUCCUCUGGAAACAGUGGAUGCCCUAGUUGAAGAAGUGGCUACUUUCAUGUGUGCAGUGGAAUCGUAUCCCCAGCCUGAAAUUUCCUGGACUAGGAAUAAAAUUCUCAUCAAGCUCUUCGACACCCGGUACAGCAUUCGGGAGAACGGGCAGCUCCUCACCAUCCUGAGUGUGGAAGAUAGUGAUGACGGCAUUUACUGCUGCAUCGCUGACAAUGGCGUGGGAGGAGCUGCGGAGAGCUGCGGGGCCCUGCAAGUGAAGAUGAAACCGAAAAUAACUCGUCCUCCCAUAAAUGUAAAAAUAAUAGAAGGAUUAAAGGCAGUUCUACCAUGUACUACAAUGGGCAAUCCCAAACCAUCGGUGUCAUGGAUUAAAGGAGAUAGUGCUCUCAGGGAAAAUUCCCGCAUUGCAGUUCUUGAAUCUGGGAGUUUAAGGAUUCAUAAUGUGCAAAAGGAAGAUGCAGGACAUUAUCGAUGUGUGGCAAAAAACAGCCUCGGGACGGCAUAUUCCAAAUUGGUGAAGCUGGAAGUUGAGGCUCUUAAUAUGACAAAUGCCACAGAGAGAGAAGAAACUGAACCUGAGCAAGAUAAUAAAGUUUUUGCCAGAAUCCUGCGGGCUCCUGAAUCCCACAAUGUCACCUUUGGCUCCUUUGUGACCCUGCGUUGUACGGCAACAGGCAUCCCUGUCCCCACCAUCACCUGGAUUGAGAACGGAAAUGCUGUUUCUUCUGGGUCCAUUCAAGAAAGUGUGAAAGACCGAGUGAUUGACUCAAGACUGCAGCUGUUUAUCACCAAGCCUGGACUCUACACAUGCAUAGCUACUAAUAAGCAUGGAGAGAAAUUCACUACUUCAAAGGCUGCAGCCACUGUCAGUAUAGGAGAAUGGAGUAAACCACAGAAAGAUAACAAAGGCUACUGCGCCCAGUACAGAGGGGAGGUGUGUAACACUGUCCUGGCAAACGGUGCUCCUGUUUUCUUCAACAACUCCUACGCGGACCCUGAGGAGGCCCAAGAACUACUCGCGCACACCGCCUGGAGUGAACUGAGAGCAGUGAGCCCGUUCUGCCGGCCAGCUGCGGAGGCUUUGCUGUGUAACCACAUUUUCCAAGAAUGCAACCCUGGGGUGGUACCUACUCCUAUACCCGUUUGCAGAGAAUACUGCCUGGGGGUGAAGGAGCUCUUCUGUGCAAAAGAAUGGCUGGCGCUGGAAGAGAAGACCCACAGGGGACUCUACAGACCUGGGCUGCAUCUGCUCUCCGUGCUCGACUGCAGCAAGCUCCCCAGCAUGCACUGGGACCCGCGGGCCUGCACCAGACUGCCAUACUUAGAUUUUAAAAAAGAAAACCUAACAACAUUCCCACCAAUGACGUCCUCAAAGCCGAGUGUGGACAUUCCAAAUUUGCCUUCCUCCUCCUCCUCCUCCUUUUCUGUCUCACCUGCAUAUUCCAUGACUGUAAUCAUCUCUAUCAUGUCCAGCUUCGCAGUAUUUGCGCUUCUUACCAUAACCACUCUUUAUUGCUGCCGAAGGCGAAAACAAUGGAAAAAUAAGAAAAGAGAAUCAGCAGCAGUGACCCUCACUACUCUUCCAUCUGAGCUUCUGCUGGACAGACUGCAUCCUAACCCCAUGUACCAGAGGAUGCCACUCCUUCUGAAUCCCAAAUUGCUCAGCCUGGAAUAUCCAAGGAAUAAUAUUGAAUAUGUGAGGGAUAUUGGAGAAGGAGCAUUUGGAAGGGUCUUUCAAGCAAGGGCUCCAGGCUUACUUCCCCACGAACCGUCCACUAUGGUGGCAGUUAAGAUGCUCAAAGAAGAGGCUUCAGCUGACAUGCAAGCCGACUUUCAGCGGGAGGCGGCCCUCAUGGCGGAAUUUGACAAUCCUAACAUUGUGAAACUCUUAGGUGUGUGUGCCGUGGGGAAACCCAUGUGCCUGCUCUUUGAAUACAUGGCCUAUGGCGACCUCAACGAGUUCCUCCGCAGCAUGUCGCCUCACACCACGUGCAGCCUCAGUCACAGCGACCUGUCCCCGAGGGCACACAUCUCCAGCCCUGGGCCCCCGCCCCUCUCCUGCGCUGAGCAGCUUUGCAUAGCCAGGCAGGUAGCAGCUGGCAUGGCUUAUCUCUCAGAGCGCAAGUUUGUCCACCGGGAUUUAGCCACCAGGAACUGCCUGGUGGGUGAGAACAUGGUGGUGAAAAUUGCCGAUUUUGGCCUCUCCAGGAACAUCUAUUCAGCAGACUACUACAAAGCUAAUGAGAACGAUGCGAUCCCUAUCCGUUGGAUGCCACCUGAGUCCAUUUUCUACAACCGCUACACCACCGAGUCUGACGUGUGGGCCUACGGUGUGGUCCUGUGGGAGAUCUUCUCCUAUGGCUUGCAGCCCUACUAUGGGAUGGCCCACGAGGAGGUCAUUUACUACGUGCGAGAUGGCAACAUCCUCUCCUGCCCUGAGAAUUGCCCCCUGGAGCUAUACAAUCUAAUGCGUCUGUGUUGGAGCAAGCUGCCUGCCGACAGACCCAGCUUCGCCAGUAUUCACCGAAUUCUGGAACGCAUGUGUGAGAGGGCAGAUGGAACUGUGAGUGUCUAAGGUGGAAGAUGUGCAAAUAAAACACUACCGUUUCCUCUCAGACUCUGGGAGCCAGAGGAACACAGUGCCAGAGGCCCAACAAGACCUAGGUAGAAAGAACAAUAGUAGACAUGAGUAGCAUGUCAUUUGUUUCUUGGGAAAAACAAAAACUGCACAGAGCUCAGAUAGGAGGUCAAUCUAUUGAAAGUUAAUGAUUGGAAACACAGGCUUGGAAUAUGUCAGAUAACCAGAGAUAACUACUCUUCCUCAUGGGGAAAGUUUGUAUUACAUAUUGUACAGGAAAGAAUGUCAUCUGCUCUGUUCCUGAAUUAGCUGGCAGCAGAGUAUUACAUUUUAAUACUUUGCUGUAUUACAUUUUAAUAUGAAAUGUGAUACAGAGUUUCAUUUUUAGUAGAGCUAAUUCCUGUCCAUUCUGGGAGUAGUGUAGCUUCAUGUAUGAUAUUUAAAUAAAACACAGAAAACUAAAAAGAAAAACACAUUCAUUGUCUCCCCACCCAAAGAUGGAUAUUUGGUUUUUUUUAAUUUCUUUCUUGCACUUAAUGCAUACUUUUAUAUUUGUCUGUGACCUACAGAGCUAUGGUUUACUUUAUUGAUAGGGGGUUUGUAAGGAAUAAAAUGAGCAGUCAGCAAGUCUUCAUUCUUACUGUGAUUUUUAGUUCCUUUUUCCGUCUUUGUGCUUCUCCUCCUUCAGAUGUUUUUCCUUUGUAUGCUCUUGUCAUGAAUUUAAUCUACUUAUUUUGUUCCUAACAUUUUUCUGAAAAAAAAUGUUUUUGAGUUUUAUAAGUUUAUCUUUUUCUUUGAAAUUUUUAUUGGUAUCUCUUUUUUUUGCUUUCAUCUUUAUUUCUUCCUCUUUCCAGGACUUUCUGUCCUUUUUCAGUUAUUUAGCUAUUUUUUCCCUUUUAUUUCUUAUGUAAAGAUAGACACUCUGGCCGAAAUAACUUUCUAAAUAACAUUGUGGACUGAUAUUAUAUACCUUUUGCAAAAUAUUACCAUUUGAUUUUGUGUUUACUUUUGAAGCCGCAUAUUUCAAAUCUGUCAUUCAUUAAUUUUAUUGCCACAGUCUAUUAAAGCUCUUAAACCAUAGUUUAUAAUAUGGGAUUUCACAAAAUGAUCUUAUGGCUUUGAGUUAUUUUAGACCUGAUGUUCUUGUGCCUUUUGACAUUGACACUUUUUCCUUUUAGAAACCAACUUAAUAGGCAGUAGAAUUAAUAUAGUGCUGCUUACCAACUUUCUGUAUGAUAACCUAUCUUUUUACAUUUUAUGAUUCUUUUAGAAAUACUCUAGGACUCAGAUUCCUGUGGCGCUAGAUUUUUCAGUGGAGCUCCACACAAUGUGUCUUUAUUUAAGACCAACAUGAAUGAUCUGAGCAUGAACCUAUAUUCUCCUGAGAAGCAAAUAAACAGGGAAGAGGAAAUAGCAGUCUACACUAUACCUGCUUACUUUAAUUUACACUAAUUGGUAGUUAGGCAAUGGAGAAAUGGUCAGAAUUCUUGAAAGCAGAUUUUCCACUGUCUGCCGGAAGGCUCCACCUGCAACCUCCAAAUCCACCUUCAUGCAACAACUUGUCAUCUUUGCUGGAAAACUUCCCAUUUCUUAUUCAUAGUCACUCCAGGCAACCAAGACAAGCACAUAGAAAUUACCCGAGACUUUGUCCUAUCCUUCACCCCUGAUAUUCUAUCAGCAUUACUUUCCAAAAUCCUCCUGCUCACAUUCCCUCCCCUUCAAUUUGACUGCACGAUACUCAAGCUCUAUCACUGCCUACCUGCCUAUUAUCUAAUCUUCCUCCCUUUUUAGGCCAGAGCAGAUUCCAUGGGCUAUAACAAUGUAAGGACCUGCCUAUUCAUAGUUCUGAUUCAUUAAUAGGGAAGUAGGAAGUUAGGAUUGAGACCUAAGUAGGGAGGUGUUUUACAUAAAAGUCCUGAUUAUAAGUUCAAAUUGAGUCAGGUACCCAAAGGGCUCGAAAAAUAAGGCUGCAGCAUGAGUUCAAAACAGAAAGCCAAGAGGCCAAACAAAGCAGAGAAAUUGGAGAGGGCCACUGCAAGUUGAGAGCUUUCAUGUAGAUACCCAAGUUAUAUUUUAAAUGGUUCACAUAUGUGUGUCACAUAUGCUCUGAAAACUUCAAAGGUGUCUUCCGGUUUCAUCAGCUGAAAAGUUUUAUUAUAAAAGAAAGACAUGGAAGUCAAGCCAAUCAGAAAAGCUAGCACAGAAAAGCAGGUCAAUACAGUUACUAGAGUACCCACCAUGUGGCUUGUACUGCGGGUGUCACGUUGGCCCUCAGAGCUAGGUUUCCAUAGCCUCGGUUCUACUGUCUGCAACUUUGAGCUAGUCUCUGCUUUCCUCCCUUCUGCUCAAUGAGUUCCCCGACUUCCCUGUCUCUCUCUUUCUCAUGGCUUCCACAGCCUCCCAGGUUCUCGGUCUGUGUGUGUUUUAGGCUCUGAUAUUCAAGAAACCAAAGCCAAAAAUGUUAUAGAAAUAUAGGUAAAUACAGUGAGUGAGGGAGCAAGUAAAUAUUAUGGAACCAUUCAACUUCAUUAAAAAUGAUUGACAUCUAAAAAUAACAAGUACAACUCCCACUACAGUAAUAGUUAUAAUAAAAAUAACACUAUCUGACAGCAUUUAUUGAAUGCUUACCAUGUAUAUUCUAAGGACUCUAAAUACAUUAAUUUAAACCGCAGAGCAUCCUUGUGUCAUUGGUACUAUCACCAUGCCCACAUUUUAGGUGAGCAAACAGGCACAGAGCAACAGAGCCUAGUGUAUGAUCAAAGAGGCUGAGCUCUCAACCGCCAUACUGUGAUGCUUCAGUUUACAGAGAGGGAACCUCUGUGACUGUAAGGAGGUGAUUUGUAAUUUGCAUGUACUAUACCCCUUUUAUUAUUAACUUCAUAUCCAAGUCUUUAUUGAAUAGAAAAAAAGUAUGUUGUAGCAUUGUCAAUUUAAUCAGAAAGUCAAGUAGAUAGCAUGUUUCUUUUUGUUACCUCUAAAUGUAUUUCUAAUUUAGGUUAAGAUCACUGUUAUUUCCUUAAUGCUUAUCCUAAGGUUCUGUAUUGAGGAACAUGGACCCAUUACUUACCAGUAUUGUUUUCUUUUUUAAAUAAAUUUCCCAUUGUAAAAUCAUUGUACAAACUCAAAAAGAGAGAUGAGAGAGAAAGAUACUCAUCAUGCCAUUGUUAACAAGUGUCAGAACAGUAUGAGAUACCAAGUCAUCUUAAGUGGUCAACUAUCAAGCAUGGCAAGAGUACCAGAGUAUAUCACAUAACACCAAACAAAAAACAAACAAACAAAAAAACCUGACAAUGUUUGGGGGGUUGUAAUGGAGCAGAAAAAGAACACUUCUCACUUUGUAGUGUAUUAUGAACCUAUUCCAUGUCACAAACUAAUCUUUAAAAUAUCCAUUUGAUUUCUGAUAUUCCAUUUUAUGGCUAUACCAUAAUUUAGUUUUUUCUUUAACAUAUAAAUUUUUCAGUAUUAUAAACAAUAUUGUAAUGACCAUCCUUAUUUGGACAUGGCCAUAAUUACCUUUUUAUGGAAAUUCUGAGGAAGAUAAUGUUUGGACAAAUGGCAUGCACAAUAGUAAGGCUUUUGUUAUGUAUUGUCACAUUCCCUAGAAAUAGGGUUCUCAUCUCUGCAUUGCACAAGAGAUCUCAUAGCCCUAAUCGCUUGCUGUCAGAGAAUUAAUUCUCUAUUUUUAAGAAAUCUUUCGUUUAUCUGGUUAUAGAAAAAUAUCUCAUUUUAAUUUUGUUUUAAUUACUAGUGAAGUUGAAUUUUUCUUGUUCCUAGGUCAUUUAUAGUUUUUAUUUGGGGAAUCAUCUAUGAUUCCCCAUUUUUCUAUUGUGUUAUUCAUUUUCUAAUUGAUUUAUAAGACUCAUUUUAUAAACUGGUGUUAUACUUUACACAUGGAAAAAUACUUUCACCUUAAAAUAACGUUUAUAGAAGACCUUUGAACAACACGGGAUUGAACUGCACAAGUCCACUUAUACACGGAUUUUUUUCAACAAGUACCUAUACUGUUUUCUAUGCAGAGGGCCGACUGCAUGCAUUGAUUAUACAUCCUAUAGGAUAUCUGAGCAUCCACAGAGCUUAGGUUUCGCAGCGGGUCCCACACCCAGUAGCCUCAUGGAUACUGGGGAACAACCUAGGUAUUAGGGAAGUCAGAAGUUAUAGAUUUUUAACUGGUGUGUGUGUAAGGGGAGGGAGUUGUCUGUGCCCCUAACCCACUCAUUGUUCAAGGGUCAAGUGUACAUUUUUAUUAUAAAAGCGAUAUUUGUUUACUUUUUAAAAGAAAAAAAUAAUAAGCAAUAAUAUAUAAUAAUAAUAUAUAAUAAUAAUA